AUGAAGACUUCAACUCCGAUACAAAUUUCGCCAACAACAUAUCCUGUUGCUCGUUAUGAUGAAACGGUUGUCGAUAAUUUUCAUGGAACAAAGGUUUUCGACCCGUAUCGCUGGAUGGAGGAUCCAGAUGCACUCGAAACCCGUAAAUUUGUGGAUGAGCUCAAUGCGAUCUCAGAGCCUGUUAUUUAUCAGCAGAAGACAUUAAGUGAUAAAGGCGACAUUUUUUUGGAUCCAAACACCCCUGAUGGGACUACAUCAAUUAGGAUUUCCGAAUGGACGAACGAUGGGUCGAUUUUAGCAUAUGGAUUAAGUGAAAAGGGAAGCGACUGGGUUACUGUGAAGGUGAAAUUGCGACAAUAUUCGUUCAAAUAUUUAUGUUUCGUCGUUUUCCGUUUUCGCGGGGCAGACAAAAAAGAUUUAAGUGAUGUUAUCGAGGGCGUUAAGCAUUCUUCACUGUCUUGGCUGAAGGAUAACUCUGGACUGUUUUACUGCAAGUAUCCAGAGCAUAAGACAGUCCAUGAAGGCACAUCUGUGGAGAAACACAAGUAUCAUUCUCUCUAUUUUCAUCGCAUGGGCACACAUUGCAUGGAAGAUGUAUUAGUUUACGAUCGGAGAGAUAAUGCUGAUUAUAUGAUCGGAGGGACAGUGACAGACGAUGGUCGGUUCCUUAUCAUUGAUGUUUCACGCGGAUGUGAUAUGUACAACAUGUUGUACUAUUACGACUUGUCGAAUUUCAAUGGUUCAUACGUGGAUCACGAUGACAACUCUAUGCUUAUACAUACCAAUUACAAUGCUCCCAUGUUUAAACUUAUUCGAAUGUCACUGAAUGAUGGUUCGACCAGGGAAGUAGUACCAGAAAAUCCUCACCAUAUGUUGCAUUGGGCUGUUCCAGUAGCUGGUGAUCGUCUAGUUCUCUGUUAUAUUGAGGACGUGAAGAACACAUUAUAUGUUCACAAUCUUAACUCAGGUACACUGCUGUGUCCUAUACCAUUGAAAAUCGGGUCGGUUUCUGGAUUUUUUGGGAGGAAGACACUCCACGAUGUAUUUUUUUCUUACGAGUCUUUUACUGUCCCCACCAUUGUUUAUCAUGUCGAUUUUGCCUCUGUCGAUAGGAAGAGUGCUCCUAAAGUUAAAGAGUUGCGAAGGGUUAAUGUGAAAGGGAUGGAUGAGGAUCAAUUUUCAGUUGAGCAGGUCUUUUUCGAAAGCAAGGAUAAGACCAAAGUUCCUAUGUACAUCCUGUCUCUAAAAGACGCUUCCAGAGACGGUACUACACCUACAAUACUGAACGGCUAUGGAGGCUUUAACGUUUCUGACAUGCCUUAUUUCUCUAUCAGCCGCCUGUUUUUUGUGAGACAUUUUGGCGGUGUUAUAGCGUGUGCGAACCUCCGUGGUGGAAGUGAAUACGGUGAGAAUUGGCAUAUGAGUGGAAUGCGAGAAAACAAGCAAAAUGUCUUCGAUGAUUUCAUUUCUGCUGCAGAAUAUCUAAUAAGUCACGAAUACACGUGUAGUAAGAAAUUGGCCAUUCAUGGUGGAUCAAACGGAGGCUUAUUGGUUGCAGCUUGCUCACAACAGCGGCCUGAACUUUAUGGAGCUGUGUUGAAUCGUGUUGGAGUGAUGGACAUGCUUCGUUUCCACAAGUUCACUAUCGGCGGAGCUUGGAUACCAGAAUACGGUAAUCCUGAUGUAGCAGAGGACUUUAAGUUCAUUUACAAAUACUCUCCUCUGCAUAACAUCCGUUUUCCCGAUCAAGGACAAUGGCCAUCCACUUUGAUGAUGACCGCUGAUCACGAUGACCGUGUAGUUCCUUGUCAUACUUUGAAGUAUGUUGCGACGUUGUACGAAAAGGCCAAGCAUCACACUAUGCAAAACAAUCCACUUCUAGUACGUGUUGAAGUAAAUGCUGGUCACGGUGCAGGAAAACCUACAACAAAACUGAUUGCUGAAAUCGUAGACAUGUACAGUUUCCUUCAAAGAGUUAUGGACAUCGAGUGGAAGGACUAA